AUGGAUGAUAGCGACUUUGAACCUGAUCCAGAUCAGACGAUAGGGCAAAAACGGCUAAACACAUCUGGCCAUGGAAGAGCGAGAAAUAGGAGGAGGCGAAGCGGCCCGGGACAAUCACUUGCGGAUGUCAUUGGUAGAUUGAUGGACAAGCUUGUGGAGAAGCGAACUAUGGGAUCAAGGGCUAGCAAUUGCAGUAGAGAUGAGAGGGACGAAGAGAACACCAGUGGUCCAUCUGAUCCAUUUUUCAUGAGCAAUUGUAUUGACAUCAUGACGGCAAUUGCUACUGACAAAAACUUGGAUACAUCAAAACGUGGAGCUUCACAUUCCAGAAAGAAGAUGGAACAGAGUGAACUACAUGCUUCACCACUUUCAACAAGAACUUACAGGGCACAAAGCCCUCUUUAUGAUCAGCCCAGUACUAUCAACAAGAAUGCUUCAUCGAACCACCGAGCCUCUUUGGAAAAAGAUAUUGAACAACUGCAAUCAAGUUUGCAACAAGAGAAAUCUAUGCGCUUGAUGCUUGAGAGAGCAAUGGGAAGAGUUUCAAGCACCUUAUCUCCGGGACACAGACAUUUUGCUUCUCAGACAAAGGAACUGAUUGCUGAGAUUGAGUUACUCGAAGAGGAGGUUGCUAACCGCGAGCAGCAUGUGCUCUCUCUCUAUAGGAGUAUCUUUGAACAUUGUGUUAGUCGGCCUCCUUCUGAACAAAGCUCAGGCGUGGCUUCUCCAGCUCAUACGAAGCAUGUAUCUAAGAAACAUCCAAGUAUUAUUUCAAGUGCAUUUUGCUCAUCAAAAAAGUUCCCUUUGAGACCUUUGCAAGCUCUUGUGUCUGUAAAUGACUACGGGAAAAGAGCCUCUAAGACUAAUAAUGCUCCUCAAUUCUAUGGAAAAAGCAAAAUUCACUUUGAAAAGACUUGUUCAGAUCCUGUCAAGGAAGAAGAAAAGGUUCCAGCCAUGGAGAAAACUUCUAUGCUACGAACUCUGAAAGAUCAUCUCUAUCAGUGCCCAAGCAAGUUGUCCGAGGAGAUGGUAAGGUGUAUGGCUGCAGUAUAUUGCUGGCUUUGUGGUGCAGCUUCCACCAAUCCUGGAAAACAUCGAUCCCCUCUAUUGUCACGGUCAUCAACUAAUGUUUUACUCCCUCGAUGUGGUAUUGGAGAAGAAUGUGAUUGGUCUUGCAAGUCCAUGGUUGAAAUAUCUUGGAUAUCAACUGACAAGAGCCAUUUCUCUCGUGCAUCUUAUGCAAUCAACAAUUAUAGAGUUCUAGUAGAACAACUGGAAAGGGUGACUGUAAGUCAGAUGGAAAGCAAUACUCGAAUCGCAUUUUGGAUCAAUGUGUACAAUGCCCUUGUUAUGCAUGCAUAUUUAGCAUAUGGAAUUCCACGCAGCUCUUUGAGAAGGUUAGCCUUGUUCCACAAGGCUGCCUACAACAUUGGUGGCCAUAUCAUAAGUGCAAAUGCAAUUGAGCAGUCUAUAUUUUGCUUCCGCACACCUCGAAUUGGACGGUGGAUUGAGUCCAUCCUUUCAACUGCCUUGAGGAAAAAAUGUGGUGAAGAAAGGCAACUUAUCAGUUCAAAAUUCGGUCUUCCAAACUCUGAACCACUUGCCUGCUUUGCGCUUUGUACUGGAGCAUUUUCUGAUCCAGUGCUAAAAGUCUACACGGCCUCAGAUGUUAAAGACGAACUAGAUGUUGCAAAAAGAGAGUUUCUUCAAGCAAAUGUGGUCGUGAAGAAGUCGAGGAAAGUGUUUCUGCCAAAGGUGCUGGAAAGGUUCGCAAGGGAAGCCUGCAUUAGUUCAGAUGAUCUUCUCAAGUGGGUUACUGAAAAUGUUGAUAAAAAGCUUCAGGAGUUGAUACAAAAAUGCAUUGAUCAGAAGUCCAACAAAAAGGCGUCUCAGAUUAUCGAGUGGUUACCAUACAGUUCAAGGUUCCGAUAUGUAUUCUCCAAGGACUUAAUGGAGAAGCCAUGGUGUGGGUGUGAAUUUCUCUCUUCAUGCUUAAGUUCAGGAGGAAUCUCAAUGUCAUUAGCACAAGCCAUCAAGAAUUGCUAGGCAGAUGAGCAACUACUUCAAAAUCUUGUGAUACAUUUCAUUGUACAUCCAUAUCUUUAGUUGUUUCAGGGAUAUCCAUGUGAUUAGCUGAUGGGAUUGACUUUCACAUCUUUAU